AUGAGGACACUACUGACCACGCUGGCUGUGGGAGCCCUGGCCGCGCAUCUUGCAGAGGACACCUCAGAUCUUCUUCAGCAUGUGAAAUUCCAGUCCAGCAACUUCGAAAACAUCUUGACAUGGGACAGCGGGCCUGAAAGCGCCCCAGACACUGUCUACAGCGUUGAGUAUAAGACGUACGGAGAGAGAGAGUGGCUGGCAAAGGAGGGCUGCCAGCGGAUCACCCGGAAAUCCUGCAACCUCACCGUGGAGACAGGCAACCUCACGGAGCUCUACUAUGCCAGGGUCACCGCCAUCAGCGCAGGAGGCCGGUCAGCCACCAAGAUGACUGACAGGUUCAGUUCGCUGCAACACACUACCAUCAAACCACCUGAUGUGACCUGUAUCCCCAAAGUGAGAUCCGUUCAGAUGAUUGUCCAUCCUACCCCCACGCCCGUCCACACAGCCAAUGGCCACCAGCUAACCCUAGAGGACAUCUUCCACGACCUGUUCUACCGCUUAAAGCUCCACAUCAACCACACCUACCAAAUGCAUCUUGGAGGGAAGCAGAGAGAAUAUGAGUUCUUUGGCCUGACCCCUGACACGGAGUUCCUUGGGACCACCACGAUUUUCGUUCCUACCUGGUCCAAGGAGAGCGCCCCCUACGUGUGCCGAGUGAAGACGCUGCCAGAUCGGACGUGGACCUACUCCUUCUCAGGUGCCUUCCUCUUCUCCAUGGGCUUCCUCGUCGCGGUGCUCUGCUACCUGAGCUACAGAUACGUCACCAAGCCACCUGCACCUCCCAACUCCCUGAAUGUCCAGCAAGUAUUGACCUUCCAGCCGCUGCGGUUCAUCCCUGAGCACAUCCUGAUCCCUGUCUUUGACUUCGGUGGCCCCAGCAGUCUGGCCCAGCCCGUCCAGUACUCCCAGGUCAAGGCCUCUGGGCCCAGUGAGCCCCCCAGAGCUCCACAGCGGCAUAGCUUGCCUGAGAUUGCCUACUUAGGGCAGCCAGACAUCACUGUCCUCCACGCCUCCAACAUGUCACCUCACCAGACACUCCCUCCACUGUCCUAUGCCCCAAAGCCUGCUCCUGAGAUCAGGCCCUCAUCCUAUGCACCUCAGGUAAUCUCUGAAACUAAGCCCCCAUUCUGCACUCCACGGGCCAUCUCUAAGGUCCAGCCUCCCUCCUAUACCUCUCAGGCCACUCCAGACGGCUGGCCUACUUCCUAUGGGGUGUGCAUGGAAGGCUCUAGCAAAGACUCCCCCACUAUGACACUCUGUAGUCCCAAACACCUCAAGCCUAAAGGUCAGCUCCAGAAAGAGGCCUCAGCUGGAAGCAGCACCCCAGGUGGCCUUUCUCUGCAGGGGCUGACCUCCUUGGCUAUGGAAGAACUCCAAGAAGCAGAACUAUUCCACCAGCCUCUGGGGGUUUGCAUGGACACAGCCCCUGACCUCAAUGUGCUACACAGUGGGGAGCCAGGGACACCACGGUACCUAAAGGGCCAGCUCCCCCUCCUCUCCUCUGUCCAGAUUGAGGGCCACCCUGUGUCCCUCCCUUUGGACACUCUUUCCCGCCCAUGUUCCCCCCUGGACCAGGGUCCGAGUCCAUGGGGCCUGCUGGAGUCCCUUGUGUGUCCCAAGGACGAGGGUCUAGUGUCUGACAUUGGGGCCAAGAGCCCAGACCCUGGGGCCUCAGACCUGGAGCAGCCCCCAGAGCUGGAUUCUCUUUUCAGAGGUUUGGCCCUGACUGUGCAGUGGGAGCCCUGA